AUGACAACAUAUAUAGUGAAUGUUGAUGGCCGGGUAAAUUUGAAAACCUCAGUGACAGAUGGAGCUUCUUUCGUGGACAGCUUCAUCACCGAACUCGUACUCUCCUGCAACUACAUGAGCAUCUCCAGUCCCCCACUCAUUGGCUUGGACGUCGAGUUCAACGAUAUUGAUAACCAUGCCGCCCGCAAGCCCGCGACGCUGCAACUCUGCUCGGGCUCUCGCUGCAUUAUAAUACAACUCAUUAACAUGGAGGUCGUUCCUCAGUCUUUGAUCAACUUUCUCUCGGCACCUCUCUUCUGUUUUGUUGGCGUCGGGAUACACUACUCCUUAAGCUUGCUUAAAAGGUUCUAUGGCCUUGAAUGCAGAAAUGUUGUGGAACUAAUGCCAGUUCUCAACUUGGCUGUUUUUAGUGGGCAAGUUGGUAUUGAACCCAAGCCUUUGAGCGUCCUCAUGGGGGACUGGGGUGCUGGGAAUCUUAGCAUGGAGCAAAUUGAGAGUGCUGCUUCUGAUGCAUUCACUUACUUCGAGUUUGGCAAAUUGUUACUCGGUUGA